UAUGCCCGUGUAGCCGUAUUAAUUAUAAUGGAAAAAAAUCCGAAUCCCGGCUACUGAAGUUUUGCACUUUGCCGCGACUUUUCAUCAGGGAAUUCAAUUAUUAACUUGUAAGGACACAAAAGAUUACAUGUAGGAGAUCCCUAUCAUCGAAGGCAAGAUGAGUAGCUCCGAAGAAGUAUCGUGGAUUUCAUGGUUUUGUGGACUCAGAGGAAAUGAGUUCUUUUGUGAGGUGGAUGAAGAUUACAUCCAAGACAAAUUCAAUCUAACGGGUCUAAAUGAACAAGUUCCACAUUACCGACAAGCGUUGGACAUGAUCUUAGAUUUAGAACCAGGUGAGAAGCCCAGUGAAACAGUUACCCCAUUUAGCCGCAAAGAUGAUGAAAUGGAAGAGAAUCCCAACCAGAAUGACUUGAUAGAACAGGCAGCUGAAAUGUUAUAUGGUUUAAUACAUGCAAGGUUCAUCAUGACAAAUAGAGGCAUCGCACUCAUGCUUGAAAAAUAUCAACAAGGUGAUUUUGGUCACUGUCCCAGAGUGUAUUGUGAAAAUCAACUUGUUUUACCAAUAGGUUUGUCGGACGUCCCGGGCGAAGCCAUGGUCAAGCUCUAUUGCCCCAAAUGUCAAGACGUGUACACCCCCAAGUCAUCCCGACACCACCACACCGACGGCGCCUACUUCGGUACCGGUUUCCCACACAUGUUCUUCAUGGUGCACCCGGAGUACCGUCCAAAGCGCCCACCCAACCAGUUUGUACCAAGGUUAUACGGAUUCAAGAUUCAUCCACAAGCGUACGAGAUACAGCUCCAAGCUGCCGCCGCACGCAGCCGUUCCUCCACCAGUCGCCAACGUUCCGCUAAACCACAAUACAAAUAAAUAGCGCCCCCUCCUGCAUGCACAGAGAUUCAACCUUCCGCUGCAAUUCGGGUUCUAUGUCAAGAGAUAAUAUUCCAAGGACUUUGAAACCUAUGAAAUAAUCUUUGCCUCUUGAGGCGUACUUUAACAUCAAGGUGAUUAUGAAUACUACACAGUCUGCACAUAUGGGGAAGUAUAUCCAGUUCAAUUUCAUCUAUUUUCACUAGAAAAACCCUUUAUACUGCCAUUCACAAUGCAGACACGAACAUUUCGCCUAUACCAAAAUGGCUGUGAUAUUGACCUUGCAAGAACAUGUUCUCAUGUUCUAGAGCUAAUGCCAUCAAUUAAAAAAAGAUUUUUUUUUUUUAUUUAUGUUUAUAAAGUGAUUCUGCUAUCUGACUUUUACAAAGCGUACAAUGCACUUCACAGGAAUGUUAAAAAAAUUUUUUUUAAAACAUUUAAAAGAAGAUUUUUUUGCGAGUGAAUGUAAGAAUUUAGAAAUACUUUGUAAAUCUGUCUAUGACUUUUAACUUAUAGUUUAUUAGUUUCAAGGCCAUGCCAUGAAAUAAAAUGAAGGAUCUAGAGAAUUGAAAUACUUGUAGAAUCUGUCUAGAUGGAUGUGACUACCAUACAUAUUUCCAUCAUCCCUGAGAGCCACUUGCCUCAAUACACGUACAUGUAGCUGAAAACUAAGACAUUGGUAGUUUAAAGUACAUUUGACUAGAUGGUGAAUUCUAUGAAUCAUAAAACAUGAUAGUACUUUUGACCAACUGAGGUGUAUACUUGGCUAGAUACUUGUAGCUGCUGACUUUCAAAUUGUUUUUGGAUAGUUUUGAAUGUCAUAGAUCAUCGUUGACAAGGGAAAAAAAUAUAGCAGAUAACAAUUCACGUCUGUGUUUAGAUUCUAGUUUACAAUUUACAGAAUGCAACCAAAAUUACUUUUUACCACACAAUUCUGGCUGCUUUGUAAUUGAUACAUAUAUGUAUAUAAUUUUAUGUUUGAAAGGUGGUAUAUUUUAUAUGUGUGAACUGUGAAGGAAUUUUGUCACAAGAGAAGGCUGCUUAAAACUUUAAAAGUUAUGAAAAAUCAGUAAAUGUUACAUUUUACUCUAUCAUUCGAAUGUUCUGUUACAUAUACAAUGUAGAUACAAAAUUGGACAUUGAAUGUUAGACAUUUAUUGAAAGGCGUAUUAUUUUGGGGGUACCUAACAUUUGUACCUUUAUACAAUUGACACCAUUUUUUUCACAUGUUGAUUUUAGAAAGUGAAAAGUCUGACUUAAUAUGAACAUUACUAGUGUACAACCCAUAUUAUAAAGCAUUUCUUUUUUUGGAGGCAAUCAUUGACGAUACAAAAACAUAUUUGUGUUAUUUUUAUAUUUCUGUUCCGACUUGAAUAGUCUUGAUACUGUCUUGUAUUUUUGGCACAAUUUUGUUAGUAAAUUUAUCAAAUUAUUUCAAUGUUGAAAUGAGACUUUGUUAACGGCAAAUCAUAGCAUGUGAAAAUGCUAUAAAUUAGAAGCGAUAAAAAUGAAUUGUUUCGCGAUAUUAUAUUUGUUAGUGCCCCAUAUUCACAAGGAACAAAUGUUGGAUAAUGACUUUUAUUCAUAGUGUAAAAAAAACUUUAUUAAAUACUGGCUUCAUGCACACUUUUUGUUUUCUUUUCAAACGCUUUUGCUGUCUUUUCUAUACAAUAGUCUGUACUGGUGUCAUGGUUAUUGUAUACAGAGUCAGACAUUUAUGAUAGCCACCUCUGUACAAAGGUAACCAGACUUCAGUGGUCACUGUUUGCACUCAAGAGACUACAUACGUAUUGAAAGACGUUUCUAUAUGGACCUCUUAUCUACAGAGCAAGUUAUUGCGUUCCUAUUUGGGGGGCAUUAAUUUUCUUUUUCUUUUCUUCAUAUGAAUCUCUCUUUCUCCUCUCUUACUUACUCUCCCCCUCUUCCUACCCCCCCCUCUCUCUCUCUCUCUCUUACUCACUUUCCCUCCCCUCUAUUAUUUUUUACAAGUAACAGAAUUCAGGAGGUUUAUGUGUCUGUUUGAAAUCCACGAUACAUACAUGUACAUCUGUAAAACAACGAAUUAUACAUGUGAAUAGAAGAAAGAAAACUUUCUCCAUAUUUCUUUUUUUUUUUACAGGUAUUUAAGUUUCUUCCUAGCAGUGUCAAUGUAGAUACUAAUUGCUAAUGACUUGGUACUUUCUAGCGACAAAUGGGCAUCCUAAAAUAUGAAGCUGUAUGGACAUUUCCAUGUACUAUGCGUUGUACCCCCACCCUAAGAAUUUCAACUAGAAACGUAAUUGGAGCUUUUCUCUCUACUCCUUUAAAGUCCCUUGGGGGCUGGUAUGAGCAUCAAGUUUAACAUGAAUUUUCUUGCUUCACCUUGUUUGUUGUUGAAAUUUUUAUCAUCAGACAUGUUGACUGUGUAUGUUUAACCCUACAGUAUUUCCUAUUACACAUCUUUCUUUGUCUUUUAUAUCAAGUUAAUCAUUGCAGUAUACAUGCAUUUCAAAUACGGCUAACAUACAGUUUUCUAGCCACAGAAAUACGUAUAGAUUGCAGGUAAAGGGUUUUUAUUAACAAUACUUGUAAAAUGACACAAUACCUGAAUUAGCUAACCAUCUAACCCCAAAAAUUGGGUAUACAUGUAGUUUGCAUCAGGUGUGCUUGUACAAAGGAUAUCUGCUGCUGCAAAUCCAAUUUUCGAGCAUUUAUCAUUGUGUGAUUUUACCUGGUAUAUCAUAAACUUUGCAAAAACAUUUUUCAAAGGCAUUAUUUUGGGUUGUACAGUGCAGAACUUGAAAUCUGAUUCAGAACUCUAGUAUUAGAGCUAAUUUGAUUGCUCUGUAUGUGUUCUACCGGUAUGUCUAAAAUGAGUGUUAUUACCAAUAUAUUGUAAAUCUAUUUACUUUCUUUAAUAGAGCAAUUACUGCUGGAUAUUUUUCCAAUUUUUGUGACCCUCUCUACAUGUAUGUUGUUGGCUGCCUGCAAGAGGGUCGUUAGAAGUAGAAACAAUUAUUGUCAAUGGCAUUAUUAGCCUUCUUGCAGGUAACCAGCGAUAUUUGAUGUUCACCCAAAACCUUUAAUAAACAUAACUUAAUUAAUCUCCUUUGCCAGAGUAACUGUGUUUCAUGAUUCAAUGAUAUAACAUCUUGAAAUGAUUAAUAAUGUUUUCAAUAGCCAGUAUAUGGUUAGAUAGCAAGAGUGGGACAGAUGCUUUGUUAUUAGGGAAAUUCUUGAACAUUUUUAUUUAAAGCUAACCCUUUGAUUGUUAAUAAUAGCAUUUUAAUGAAUGUGUCAGGCUUUUGGCAAUAGCUUCCUCAAAGGUAUGUACCUUAAUGAUUGAUGUACAGAGUACACGUAUGUAUUUUCAUUUCUUUUUGCAUAAUAAACAUUGAAUGUAAAAAUAUAGCAGAUAUGGGUAAACAUAUACAUAUCAUCUACUCAUUGAAAUGUCCUUUUCGUACAUUUAUGUCAUUUUUUCUUUUCAUGUAUUAUAAUGCAUGUAUGGGAGGACUUUUUUCUUCUAAACAUGUUUAAUUUUUUCUAAACAUUAUUCAUAUACAUGUAUCAAAGGAUAGUUUUUUCUAUACAUGUAUUUGAAUGAAUGCAUGUAAACUAAAGGAAAAAUCAUUUCAUAAUCAUUGCUCUGAUUAUUAUCAUUAGAAAUUGUGUUUAUUCCUCUUUGAAAAGAUACCAUAUUUGUCAUGAUUUGGCAUCCAUGGAGUGAGCAGUACAUCAGAAUAGGGGGCAGGGUCAAAAGGGAACAAUUGCCAAAUUUAGAAAGGAAUAAACCCUCUUUUUAAUGAUACUAAACACAGCGAUAAUUAUGUAAUACUCAAGUUUUUUUUGAGGAGUUUGGAAUGAUGAGCGCUCUCUUAAACAUAUUUGUCAGGUACUAGUCUGCCAAGCAAUAAAGGUCUGUUGUGUUUCUCUCGAUUUUAAACAAAUCAUUAUUGCUUGGUCGGAUUUCUGUAUAGAGUAUUAAGAAUGGACUGGUAUUCACUUCAAUACUGAAGUCGGAAAUAUCAAUAAUUACUCAGUUUUGGAGCGAAGAUAAACAAAUGUUUAGCCAACUUUUGCGUUCAGUUGUGGUUUUCAUUUGCAGUCACCAUAAGCUGCGCAUAAUUACGUUAGCACACACUUUAAUGCGACAUGUGGUAUUAUGCUUAAUUUUGGAUUAGCUAAGUGAUGUAGCAGUGCAGCCAUCAGUAAGCAUUUUACCUGAUUUUUGGGUUACUUAAGUAAAAUACAUGUACCGGUAUUCAGAUCUAAUCUGAAUAUUAAAGACUUGAGUCAUUUUACUUAGCUAAGCUAAAUACUAAGUAAAAUACUGACACAUAGUUCAAGUAUUGAAGUGGAAACGGGCCCUGGUCUCUCCUUCUUAUUGAUAGCACAACUUAUUAUUAUGUUAGUACAUGUAUUAUAAAUUAUGUAUGAGCAUCUUGUCAGUGUACUGAAUAAAUUGACAUGUUCGUGAGGAGA